CUACAAGAGUUCAGGCCGUACCCGCUAUCAAGAUGCCAACGGGUGUCUAUCGUCCACUCUCUAGCGUCAAUGUUCCCAAUGCGGGGUUCGCCCCGAUAGGCAAUCGCAUCCCACCUCUUUCCCUCUUUGCCUGAUGGCAAUGGCGUCUAUCGCGUGUACCGACUUCUCCCGGUUCGCGCUCUCUCAAAUCCUACCUUAUCCGCAAUGACGUGUUGCUGCCAUGUCAAUUGUACGCCUUGUGUACUUGACAUGCAACACACCAAACAUUUAACUCGUUCAACCCCACAUGAUUGCUUUGUUGGAUUGCUACCAUGGUCCUUGCUACUGGUGCUCAGCAUUGUUCUCUACGCCUGGAAUAGGAAACGGCCCGGCCAGAGAAUCAGAGGCAAACAAAAUGUGCAGCCAAUUACAUCUGUGGAAAAGAAUCCCUCUGGAGAAGAGCACUCGGAAGCGGCAUACUACUCCAUCGAGCCCCUCUCAGACUUUGAUCUCGAGACGACAGAACCUCUCCAGCUGCGGCCAUUCAAACCAAAGUACCACAUGACCAUGGCCCUCGAAAACACGACACUUUCCGACCUCGUCACCAUGGACAACACCUACCUGGAACGUCUCGACAUUCGCCGCCAAAUAAUUCAAGAUCAGCGGUCAGAAGUCAUAGCCUAUGAACCGCAAGCCGUCCCUGCAGUCAUGGAAUUAUAUACAUGGGCCAUAGGAACCUACCUACCACGUCGCUUCCCUUCCAUCUAUAGCAUUGUCCACCACAUUGCCAGCGAAGAGCCAGCAUCCACCUACCUAAAAAACCACGCCACAAACACCGUCAUACCCCUCCAAGUCACCUCCCCAGAACUCGCCCUCCAAAUCCUUGGCGAAAACAUCGACACCGAAUUCCUCUUACUCCAAAAACAAGACAACCCAACAACUCCCCAAACCCUAGAACCAUAUCGCCUAACAGCCUUCAUAAACUGCUUCCCCGCCGGCUUCUCCACCCUCUCCAAACUCGGCCUCUCCCUCGCCGCCAUCCACGCCCCUGUCCCCCACUACGCCGAGAAGCUGGAAAAGAGCAUGGACCGCUAUUUUUCCGCGUUUCCCGUGGGGAAAAUCGUAAAGCGCGUUAAUUGGAGUAUCAGUACUACUGGCGACUUGUUUUGUCUUGCGGGCGCCCAUAUGAGUGAGAGUGAGCUUGAGACGCCGCGCGAGCGCGAGCGCCAGGAGGAAAGUGUGCAGCUUGAUAAGACGGUGGUGAGGUGUGAGAGGCAGACAUUGCAUCGGUUGCCUCGAACGGGGGCGUUGGUGUUUGGGUUCAAGACGUAUGUCUAUCCAAUUCAACAAAUAAGAAAUGAAGGAAACGGACACAUACUUGCUGAAGCAAUCGAUGGCUUAGGUCGCGGCACAGUGCCAAAAAUCACAGUGUACAAGCGACAAGUGGUUUGGGGCGAGAAGGUAAAAGCGUUCUUGAGGAGAGAAAUCGACGCUUGAAUACAGCGUGUGUUUGUCUAUAUACCUGACGAGCUGAGAUAUCCCAGUCCCUGACUUGGAUAUACGUCGACGUAAAUGUUGAUAAACACAAUAAACACCUCUGCACAUGUGGCCUUCACACAAAAUUUCAUGCGGCACAAAGCUAACCCACCCGGCAUAUGAUAACACUAGCUUCCUUGCUCAUUCCUGCAUCUAAUUCAUCCCAGACCCCUGAACCCUCAUCCCUUUCCUUUUCCUCCAAGUAGCGUACCAAGUUCCUCGAUACCAUGCAUCGUACCUUCCCCCCCCUU